AUGUACGCAACACAGACACAGUACCGCACACCUCCCCCCGGCUACAUGCCCUACGACUACCGCGCCACGCCGCCCAUGUCACCUGGCCCCGGCGUGCACGCCGCCUACUACUCGACCCGCCACGGCCCCGCCACGCCUUCUCCCCAGGACAGCCCCAAGACCAAGACGCACUCCCGCCGCGCCUCGCACGCCGUCCCAUCCUCGCAGUAUUCGUCGUACACCUCGUCGCGUGGAGCCAUGCCCUCGUACGGGGCCGACUUCGCUACACCGCGCGCAUACGCGACGCCGCGAGCUACGCCUGAAUAUGUAAGUGAUGGUUUCGAUUAUAUCCGUCCAAGCAGCAGGCCUCGCCGCGAGUCGUACGCCUCUCCUCUCAAGACUUAUCCUCGCGAGAGGAAGCGUCGGCCAUCUCAGUCAACGCGCUACGUCCACACCAAAAUCGUCUACGACGACGAUGGCUACGGGUACGAACGCGACUACGACGUUUACGAGAGCCCGCCGCCGCCGUACCAACAGUACGAUCGAUACGACAUGUACGGGGAUGCUGAUCGCUAUUACUAUGAUCAGGUCCCUAUCUAUGAUGCAGAGCCAAAGGCCAACGCUAGCCGCCAGCGACGCUCCUCGCACUCGACCCGAUCCCAACCACAGCCAGCCGCCGCCGCCGCCACACCGAAGCGGCCCUCGGCCUCCACAAAGACUGCUCCCAAGGCCACCGAAGAGGACGCACGUCGCGCCCGCAUCCCUGCUGGCUACUCGUACAAGAACUGGGACCCCACAGAAGAACCCAUCAUGCUGCUCGGCAGCGUCUUCGAUGCCAACUCUCUCGGCAAGUGGAUCUACGACUGGACCGUCUUCCACUACGGCCCCGCCACCCCUCUCGCCGAAAUGGCAGGCGAGCUGUGGCUCCUUCUCAUCCAGCUUGCCGGCAAGGUCAAGCGUGCCGACGAGAACAUGAACAAGAUCCGCAAGAAGGAGAGCCGCGAGAUGGUCGAGGAUUUCCUCGAGAGUGGCGAGCGUCUGUGGGUUCGCUUCGCCAAGCUCCUCAAAGUAUGCGAAGACUACAUGUGGAAAGCCGCUAAGAAGGAGAGCGGCCCCGAGAAGCCUGUAUCCAUGGGCAAGAACAGCGGCUCCGAGUUUGUCAACUCCAUCUUCGGCCGCGAUCGUGAGCUCGAGAAGACCGAGAAGCUCAUGACUGGAAUGCGUCUGUGGAGCAUGCGCUUCGAUGCAAACUGCGAAGACAUCCUUCGCUAUCCUGCUGCCUAG